ACUUACUUACACUUGGCAACGUUACCAAAUGCUGUCUGCUAGUGUGUAGAAAAUUUGGUGUGCUGUUUUGCACGUGUAUUGAAAGUUUAAUCGUUUAAUCUGAACAUUGAAUUCGUUUCUCAUUUGAAUUUCGAAAUACCCAUUUCUAAUAAAAUUAAUUGACCAAGUUUUCCAAGUGUUGCAUUAUUUUUGGCAAUUAAAAUGGAUGCUCGUGACUUGUUCAGGCGACUGUCAGCUGGCGCAAAAUUUGACAAAAACAGAUUCAAGAAUGAUGCUAUUAAGUUUCAGCUAGCUCAAAAACAACCUUCCUCUACUUCAUUGAGCAAUUCUACUCUUGGAAUUGACACUACCGAAGCACAGCAUAAUCAUCAACCAGAAAAUGAUAUUGACAACAAUUCAUGUGAAGAAAAUGAAGAGAAUGAAACUGUGGAAAACAUUGUUGAUCCUAGAGCUGAAAUUAAAGCAUUGCGACGCGAAAGGAAAAGAAAAAUAAAAACACCAAAAGAGUUAGCCGCACUGAAGAAAGAGGAAAUCAGCAGAAAGAGAAAAGCCCACAAAAUACAUGUCCAGGGUAGUGAUAUUCCAACUCCAGUUGAAACGUUUGAAGAGCUUGCACAGCAGUUCAGUAUCAAAGAAGAACUUAUUAAAAAUAUUCAAACAAGAGGAUAUGAAGUCCCUACUCCAAUUCAGAUGCAAGCUAUUCCUUUGAUGCUAAAGAAAAGAGAGAUUUUGGCUUGUGCCCCGACAGGAUCUGGAAAAACUGCUGCAUUUUUGGUCCCCAUCAUACAUUGUCUUGGAGCCCCACAGAAAAAAGGUUUCAGAGCGGUCAUCGUAUCUCCUACUCGCGAGUUAGCCAAUCAGACUCAUAGGGAAUGCGUUAAACUAACGGAAGGAAUUGGUUUACGUUGUCACGUAAUAGACAAUGUAGGCAAAGCUACGCAGAAAUUUGGGCCAAAGUCAUCUCAAAGAUUCGAUAUCCUUAUCACAACACCAAAUCGAUUGGUCUUUUUGCUCUCGCAAGAACCACCUGCGAUUUCACUAAAAAAUGUGGAGUGGCUUAUUGUUGACGAAUCAGACAAGUUGUUUGAAGAAGGACGCCAAGGGUUUCGUGAUCAAUUGGGGGCAAUUUACCGGGCAUGCGAUUCUAAUCAGAUCAGAAGAGCUUUCUUCAGUGCAACUUUUGCAUUCGACGUCCAAGAGUGGUGCAAAUUAAAUCUUGACAACGUAGUUAUGCUCACUAUCGGACAAAAGAAUUCUGCUUCCGAAAAGGUGGAACAACAACUCAUCUUCGCCGGGAGCGAAGGUGGAAAACUAAUGGCAUUCCGCAACCUAAUUGUUGAGGGUCUUAAUCCACCAGUUUUAGUAUUUGUUCAGACAAAAGAACGAGCAAAAGAAUUAUACACUGAACUUGUGUAUGACGGUAUAAAUGUUGACGUCAUUCACGCAGAGCGUUCUCAACUUCAACGUGACAAUGUGGUGAAAAGCUUUCGCUCCGGUCAAAUUUGGGUACUUAUAUGUACGGAGCUUAUGGGUCGUGGUAUUGAUUUCAAAGGUGUUAACCUUGUGGUCAAUUACGACUUUCCGCCAUCUGCCAUCAGUUACAUCCACCGAAUUGGUCGAACGGGGCGCGCCGGUCGUCCAGGCAAAGCAAUUACUUUUUUCACAGAGAGUGAUGCAGUUUACCUCCGCAAGAUUGCCACUGUAAUGCGGAAUUCCGGAUGCGAGGUACCAGAGUACAUGUUGCAAAUGAAGAAAACCUCAAGGAGCGAUGCCAAGAAGAUGGCCCGGAAGGUCCCUACUCGAAAAACUAUUUCCACGGAACCGCUCCCCGACAAGAUUAAGCGGAAAAAACGUGAAAGGAUCAUCGCCAACGUUCGAAAAAAUAAACAAAAUGGACAGCAAGGGCCGUCAUCUAAGAAGCAGAAAAUUUUGGCCAAUAAUGUGUAAAAAAAAUAAAAAAUCUUAUGCGUUGUGCCGUUCACACAAAAUACAAAACCUUGUGAAAUUUU